AAAAACCCAUUUUCUCUCUCUAUGCCUGAAGAAAAAUGAACUUGAAAAAUGUUGAAAAUAAAUUUUCAAAAACAUCAAAUUCAUUGCCUCACUAAUGUAUCAUACUCAAAGUAACAAUCUUUUUCUCUGAUCAUCAUUAAAAAAACUUGAUCUUCCCUUGGGGAUAUGAUAAAAAUUUGAUCUCUGGGGUUGUGAUUUUUUGGGGGAUUUGAUAAUAUGUCUACGAUUGAGAUAAGUAGUAUACUUGAGAACUCAAAGGAACUUGAUCGAUUAAGAAAAGAACAAGAAGAUGUUCUUCUUGAAAUCAAUAAGAUUCAUAAAAAGCUUCAAUCCACCCCCGAGAUGGUCGAGAAGUCGGGUGAUAAUGUGUUAUUGAAGCUCCGGGCAUUGUAUGUCCAAGCCAAGGAGCUUUCAGAAAAUGAAGUCAGUGUCUCGAAUGCACUUAUAAAUCAACUGGAUACCUUAUUACAAUCAGGACUUUCUGCAGCGCAGAGGAAAAAGAUAGAAGUUACUGAGCAGAAAAAGAAACGAAUGAAAACUGAGACGGAUAUAUCAAAGUAUCCACCUGUUGUUUCCAUGCGAAACCAACUGGAGCUUGCGGCUGGUCUCAAGGGUGAACAGGUGGCAGCUAGAGUCACACCAGAUGAUGCUGAGAAGGAUGAGUGGUUUGUUGUAAAAGUAACUUACUUCGAUAGAGAAGCAAAAGAAUUUGAAGUAUUUGAUGAGGAACCAGGUGAUGAUGAAGAUGGAGGCGGCCAGAGAACGUACAAGCUACCUAUGUCACGCAUUAUUCCUUUCCCAAAGCGAAAUGAUCCUUCUAGUGCACCUGAUUACCCAACUGGGAAAUGUGUUUUGGCAGUCUAUCCUGGAACCACUGCAUUAUAUAAAGCAACCGUGGUUAAUCCUCAUCGCAAGAGGAAAAGCGACGAUUAUUUACUCGAGUUUGAUGAUGAUGAAGAAGAUGGUUCGAUGCCCCAAAGAACGGUUCCCUUCCAUAAGGUGGUUCCAUUGCCAGAGGGGCAUCGCCAGUAGCUGAUCCUACAAGUCAUGAGAAGAUUAUGUUGUGGAAGUUGUCGUCCAGUAUGACAAAUAUGACCUUUUCCAUGCCUUAUGUAUGUUAUUAUGUUUACCAGGCAUGAGUAGAGGUCUCUGAACUGGAUUAUCUUGUUGUCCUGUGCCUACACCACGACCCCACGCUAGAUAAAUAUGUACCCCAUCUUAUCACUGUAUCCAUGUUGUUGCUGUUAAUAUAGUACGAUUCUUUAUUAAGAAUGGGAUGAUUCAGUAUGAAAUUUCAUGUUCAAAA